UAUGGAGAAAGCGAAGCUAUGGUGGGUGCGAUCCAACUGAUACGCAGGGAUGGGUUCGAGCCAGCAUGAGAGGCUCAAGCGGAAUCUUUAUUCCACUUCGGGUAUGCAUCUCUUGUCCGCCGAGAGCAGCGAUUUGUCGAUCCCGAUGGAAAUGCAGCGGCAAAUCCUUCACAGGCCGUGUCCAGCGGCUCUCAACUUCCACUCCACAAUCGCUUGGCUGCGCAGGGAUUCCAUUCCCAGGAGGACCAGCUCCAGUCCAGGUAUUCUCCACAAUCAGCUCGAAUUUGGAGGUCCCCGUCUCCUUCCCUCCACGGAUUCGCUACCAGCAACCUUUCUGCCGGUACCGGCGAACGCAUUUGCGCCACCGCCAGCGAGCGAAGAAGCGGCUGUCCUCCGGAUCCAGGCUCUCUACAGAGGAUCCAGGGUUAGAAGGUCGGCCAUAGCCAAUAAGAAAUGUGUGGUGAAAGUACAAGCAACGUACAGGAUGUGGAGGGAUCGAAGUAGCUACAGAAGGAUGCAAAGAGCCGCCGCGAGGAUCCAGCAGAGUUUCCGGGCUUGGAGAGAGCGGAGGCUGGAAGCUCUGGAGCAAACGCUGCUGUUGGAAAGGAGAUCAGCUCUCGUGAUCCAGGCACACGCUCGCGGGCUUCUCGUCCGGCGUUGGAGGAGAGAACUGGAACAGGAGAAACGAGUUCAGGCUACUGCUGCUACUGCGAUUCAAGCCUUCUACCGAGGGUGGCAAACAAGGAGAAAAAUGGAACAGGAGAAACGAGCUCAGGCUGCUGCUGCUACUGCGAUUCAAGCCUUCUACCGCGGUUUGCAAACAAGGAGAAAAAUGGAACAGGAGAAACGAGAUCAGGCUGCUGCUGCUGCUACUGCGAUUCAAGCCUUCUACCGAGGGUGGCAAACAAGGAGAAAAUUGGAACAGGAGAAACGAGCUCAUGCUGCUGGUGCUACGAUUCAAGCGUUCUACAGAGGUUUGCAAACAAGGAGGCGCUACCUUUUGGUGAAGAGCAGCGCAGCGAGGGUCCAGGCAGCGUACAGGACGUGGAGAUUGUCUCUAAAAAGAGAAAUGGCUGCCACCGUUAUUCAAAGGUUCGUAAGGAGACGCAAAGAAGCUGCUCGGGCGAAAGUUGCCAUCUCUCAGCCGGAGCCCAUGGUGGCGGCUACAGAAGAUUGGAACACUGUCAGAGUGGAGCACUUGGAUCAGUGCCUGGACACUUGCCUUGCGGUGCUAAAUCCUCCUCUUCCGCUAGAGCGGCGGCCAAGCUCGUCUCCAGACCACACGCACAAUGGCCCUGGCUACAAGCAGAGCCUCAACGAGAAGAGACUCCAGCAAGUCGCCAGAGUUUUUCUACUGCAGCACCACAUUGCUCUUCAGCAACAACGCGCAAAGAACGCACCACCAUUCCCUCCAAACCGGAGCCAUCUACAGAACUCUCAAAACCACUACAGGAACUCCCACGUAAACACAAACGCCAGCAACACAACCACAAUCUCGAAGAACAGGAUCGGAGAUGGAGACGUGGUUUUGGAUGUACACUACCUCCUCGAGGAAGUACGUAAGCUCGGUGCCUCCUCCGGCUCGGUGGUGUACAUGCAAAACGACGACUCCACCUUGUUCGGCUCUGCUAGCCAUGAAAUCAUCGACUUCAAACGAAUGAACGCUUUGCUGGUGGUGUUCGUCGCUGUGGUUGUCUACACAAGGAGCAUCUGCCAGGAAGUUUUUGUCUGGGCAAAGCAGUCUACAAAGAAGUAGACCACAAAGCUCUCACCUGGAACAAGCUCGACAGUAACACACAAACUUUAGGAUCCAGAGACUGGAAAUCUAAACACUACAAGUUACAAACAUCAAUACAAAUCUCUACUUGGGACAA